AUGACGAUCAGACGGUUGAUAUCGUCGGGGUCUCGAACUCGAACUCGAACUCGAACUCGCACACAUUUGGGGUGGGUGCGAUAUAGAUACGUGAUGUACGGGUUUGUGAUCACGUGCAUAGGAACGCUGGUAUACCUGCUGGUGGACAGGACAGGAAUGGACGUCGAGAAGUGGCACAGGGCCGCCAGAAUGGCCGACAAGAUGCUGGAAUCGUACUCGUGGGACCUUAUAUCGGAUGCUAAAAUCAAGGCAAUCGAGGAGAUUCCUGUUUCUCCGUUAGAGUUGAUUCCGGAUAUCGAGUUGAACACUAAGAAACGGUACGAUGCGUCGUGGGACUUGUUGUUCCGAGGCCGGAAGUACAAGUCGUUCAGCGAGUACGACUUGAGCACCAAGUGCGAGUUUUAUUUCCAGAAUCUGUACAAUUUGGAUGAGGAAUGGACGAACGAGAUCGGGAUGUUCACGUUUGACAUCAAAGACAUUAAAUCUGACAGUAGGAUGUCGGAGUUGAAGGACGACGACGGGGUUAAGUUGAUAGACGAGAAGGCAUUGAGGUACUACAAGAGGAAGCACAAUAUUGCGUUGGGGAUGGAGCGAUUCCGGAUAUAUGACAGGUGUUUUGUAGGGAAUAACAAUAAUAAGCAUGAUUCGCUCAAGAUGAACGAAUUAUUUGAACAAGGUGGAUCUGAGGGGUCCACUUCUACUGCAUCUAAGCUCGAUAAAACCGUUAUUGGAAACAAGGACAGCUUGCGUCCCACGAGGAAGGCUUCCUUUUUGAGCGAGUUGGAUUCCGGGAAGUUCUCCAAAUUCAAUCAAUGGGAUUUUGAGCACAGGAUGUUCCCCUUCAUUCCAUAUUUCGAGCAACAUAACUUCACACAAGUGAUGCCCAUCUUCACCGGGCCUGGAUCUCACCAGCCCUUGCCCCAGGGCAAGUUCCCUGUUUUCAACAGAGACACAGGGGAAUUGUCCACUGUAGAGUCAUUCAAUUACGACGAGACCAAAUCGCUCUGGGACAAUUGGAACGACUUGUCCGCACGAUGUAGCCAUAAGGGUAUUGUCAUGUCGGCUGGGAAUGGUCAAGUGGAUCAAACAAUGCGUCUUAUUGCCGUAUUGCGGGAACAACACAACCGGAUGCCUAUCCAAAUUAUCCACAACGAUCAACUCAGCGAUAAUUCGGUCGCGCUUUUGUCCGAAGCAGCGCAAUCAACAGAUUUCUCCAACGGACCCAAACAGUCUGUUUGGUUCCUGAACGUGAAGCCCACACUUUCGGAGUCGGAAAAGGGCCGGUUCGACAGGUACAAGAACAAAUGGCUCUCGGUGAUAUUCAAUACGUUCGAAGAAUUUAUAUUCAUCGAUUCCGACGCUAUCUCGUACAUUGGACUCGAAGAGUACUUCAAGUUCGACGAGUACAGUGCCACGGGAACGCUCAUGUUCAAAGACAGAAGCUUAAAAUUCGGAGCUGAGCAAAAAUGUCCCGUGUUGUUCGAGACGCUUCAACCGAAGAUACUGGAGCGGUACUACUUCGACACUGUACCACAAAUAAAUGCAGAAUUCGUCGAGCAAGCAUGUAUGAAGGAACUCACUCCGGAAGAGAGGGUAUACAAGCGGUUCUUCGAACUCGGCCAACAACACCACCUGGAAAGUGGACUCUUGGCCAUUAACAAAAGACAACACAUCAUGAGCAUGAUUAUUUCCACUGUGCUGAACAUUAGUCCAAAGAUUGGAGGGUGCGCCUGGGGCGACAAAGAAUUCUUCUGGCUCGGGUUGCUAGUGUCAGGUCAUCGGUACUCAAUAUACGACGUUGCAGCAAGUGCAGUGGGCAUUCCUAGCAUGAAGGAAAGAGAAAGAGGCGACGAACUGAAAGAAGCACAAGAGAUAUGCUCGACACAGGUCGGCCAUACCUCCUAUGACAAGCAUCUGCUAUGGCUAAACGGUGGCUCACAGCUGUGUAAAUUCGAGGGCACGUUCGACAGCGAUUGGGAACAGUUCGAAAACAUCCGGAAAGAGUUCCAUGACAACAAGGACAAAGCCAGACAGGCUUACAAAGAUGUCAUGCCUAUAGAAGCAGCUAUAAUUCCCGAUAUAAAUGUUGGCAGAUGGGCUCACAAAGACCGGAGAUGCAGUGGUUACGUGUGGUGUGGUGAAUAUUUCGAAAAGAUUAAGCCAUACACCUAUAGUAAAAAGAUCGUCAAGGGCGAACUUAUCCACUUUGAUCAAAAAGAGAUCGAACACAUAAGACAUUUGAACACCAUAUGGAAUAAGGCAUCGCUGCUGCCCAUAGACAAGAAAGAAUAG